AUGGUUUCGGAGAAUUCGAUCUAUAUCAAGCCGCACUCGCAGAUGUCACAGCACAAUAUCUCUUUAGAUUCUGAAGGAAAUUCUAUUUUACCGCAAGGACUCGCCCAAGCCCAGAAUCAUGCCCAAGGAAAGCCGCGAUUUGUCGAAUUUGCUUGUAGUGACAUAGAAGUAUUCCGCUAUGUGUUGCUGAUCACGAAGAUUGUCAUUCCGAAGCAAUUCUGGGGAAGUAAGAGGAACUUUAACAUUGUGCAACGCUGUGAGUUUUCUUUCGUGUAA